AAACCAAGGUGUGAUUCCACAAAAACCGCACUUUGGGUGUGACCCACCUAAAAGGAAUGAUAAGAUUCUUUUCCAUUUCUAGUUGUGGGGUUUUUUACGUUACUAUAUGUGAAGCAUGAAAUCCAAGUCCAUGAUAACGGGUUUUCUCUAGCAUCAAAACGUUUUCCUUGCUCUUUCACUGAUUCAAUUUUCGAUUUUUUUUUGUUUUUUAUUUUGUUUUGGGGGCUUUGGGAGUGUUUUUGCUGAAACUGCUAGAAGUGUAGCUUGAAGGUGACAAAAAAUGGCGCAUUCGGAAGGAACGGAUCAGAAGAAGAAGAAAGAUGUAAUUCGUUUAGAGCGUGAAUCUGUGAUUCCAAUUCUGAAACCAAGGCUCAUCAUGUCCUUGGCCAAUCUUAUUGAGCACAGUUCCGAUCGAGCUGAGUUCUUGAAGCUCUGCAAGAGAGUAGAGUACACGAUUCGAGCGUGGUACCUCCUACAAUUUGAGGACUUGAUGCAACUCUACUCCCUCUUUGACCCUGUAAGUGGGGCACAGAAGCUUGAACAGCAGAAGUUAUCUAACCAGGAAAUUGAUGUACUAGAGCAGAAUUUCUUGACGUACCUAUUUCAGGUCAUGGAAAAAAGCAACUUCAAGAUAGUAAGUGAGGAUGAGAUUGAGGUUGCACAAUCAGGCCAGUAUCUUCUAAACCUUCCCAUUAAAGUGGAUGAAUCUAAGCUUGACAAGACACUUCUGAAGAAAUAUUUUGAAAAUCACCCUCACGAUAACCUUCCACAUUUCUGUGAUAAGUAUGUUAUCUUUCGUCGUGGCAUUGGAAUUGAUCGAACAACUGACCUCUUUAUCAUGGAGAAAGUGGACAUGCUCAUUGCACGCUUGUGGGCAUACUUGUUAAGGAUAACUAGGUUGGAAAAACUUUUAUCAAGAAAGCCAAAAAGGCAUAAUGACACAAAUCCAAAGAAGGAUGAUGAAAUUAACUCUGAAAAUGGGGUAGACUUGUUCGUUGAACGGAUACGCCUUGAAAAUAUGCAACUAAGGAGAGCUGGUACCAAAUCAAAAGCAGAGCGAGGAAUAUUUGUGAAGCAUUUUAAAGACAUUCCAAUGGCUGAUAUGGAGAUAGUUCUUCCAGAAAAGAAAAACCCUGGAUUAACUCCAAUGGAUUGGGUAAAGUUUCUUGGAUCAGCUAUUGUUGGGCUGGUUGCCGUAGUUAGUUCACUUGAAAUGCCUACAGCUGAUUGGUUUGUCAUUAUUGCUGUUCUUUCCACAGUUGUUGGUUAUAUCGCCAAGACAUACUUCACGUUUCAGGCAAACUUGGCUCAGUACCAAAAUUUGAUUACACAGUCGAUGUACGACAAACAACUAGACAGUGGAAAGGGCACCCUUCUGCAUUUGUGUGAUGAUGUCAUUCAACAGGAGGUCAAAGAGGUAAUAGUAUCAUUCUUUAUUUUGAUGGAACAAGGCAAAGCUACAAGACAGGAUCUUGAUCAAUGGUGUGAGGAAUUAAUCAAAGAAGAGUUCGGGGAGGAUUGUAAUUUUGAUGUGGAUGAUGCAGUUGGGAAAUUAGAGAAAUUGGGAAUCGUUACGCGGGAUACUAUUGGAAGGUAUCAGUGUGUUGGGCUGAAAAGGGCCAAUGAGAUCAUUGGCACUACAACAGAAGAGCUUGUUCUUAAGGCAAAACAGGGAGCCAUCCAUCCUUGAUGAUGUUUUCAAAAGUGUGCUUUAUUAUCUCUCUUAUGUACAUGUUAAUUUCUGCUUUCUGUCGUGUAAGUUUAUGUCAAUGUGUGUAUUCUGUAUUAUGUUUACUUCUUCAAUAUUUUCUUUGUUCAUAAAACCUUGUCCCUGAUUCUAAAAUGCACUCAAUUGAAUGUUUUCUUUUUAAUGAUUUUCAAAAUCAAAA